UUUUGAAAUCUAGGUAUGAACAAGAACACUAACCCUCUUAAGGAUUAUAUCUACGUUAAAAUUAAGAAGGAUUCGGAUACUUAUUUCAUUGCAUGUGACAAGAAAGAUCCUGUGCAAGGACUUAAGGCAAGACUCUUCAGCAUGAUCAAAACCGCUGGGAAGCUGCCAAAGGAUGCCGAAGACUUUGAAGCAAAGGAUAUCCUCCUGUACAUCAAAGACAGAUCUCUUGAGGAUCAUUCUAGCUGAUAUGAUCAACAAGUCGUCAACAAUUGUGUCCUUCACAUGGAUUACUAAUACAAUCCACAGGGUGAC